CUCUCUUGGCUCGACUCGUCUUCUUCCCCUCUGCCGGGUUCGGCUUUCUUUCUCUUCCGGUUGUCGUCUGUUCGUGUGGCAGAUUAACCAGUGUCGAAAUGGCCAAGUCAAAGAACCACACAACUCACAACCAGUCUCGUAAAGCCCACAGGAAUGGCAUCAAGAAGCCCAGAUCUGACCGCUACGAGUCACUGAAGGGGGUGGACCCUAAGUUCCUGAGGAACAUGCGCUUUGCAAAGAAGCACAACAAGAAGGGCAUGAAGGCAGUGCGGAAGGCAGCAGCUGCUGCUCAAGCGAAAUAAGCUGUCUUGCAUUCACCUCCAUGUUUGUCAGAGUUCCCUGUUUCCACCAUCACAAUAAAGCUAUGCUUUGUUAACAAACCAA